AUGGCCAUUGUCGACCCGGCGACCAGAUCUGCAGCGCACAUUCGUCCCAGUAGCUGGGCCGAUGGCCUUCGGGGAAUCGCCGCUCUAUUCGUAGUUGCAAGCCAUGUCUGUCUUUCCUUUGCGACGUAUUUGAUUCCGCCAUCUUUCUCGGAAACUGGAACAUCAAUUCUAUUCCAGCGUCCAUUUUUCCGAUUGGUGAUUCAGGGUCAGGCGUGGGUAGCCAUAUUUAUGGUACUACUGGGAUUUGUGAAUGCCCUCAAGCCACUCCAGCUAGCCCGCCGUGGGGCUACUUCCGAUGCCCUCAGCGCCCUAUCGACUGGUGCCUUUCGGCGCAAGGGGAGGCUUGUCUUCCCCGCAGCCCUUAUGACAUUUCUUGCUUGGCUCUUGUGUCAGUUUGGGGUGUUCCAAUUGGCUCGCCAGGUAGAUGCAUACUGGUUGCGGGCAACAAGUCCGAAACCAAGCUCUUCUUUGCUCACGGCCGUCGUUGAUCUAGUUCGAGAAGUCACUGGCACUUGGUUCUAUGGGGAGAAUGCCUACGAUCAACCACAAUGGGCGUUGAAACAUCUUUUCCGUGGCUCGUUAUAUGUCUUCAUGACAAUGCUGGCCUUGGUGAAUACCACGCCACUGUUUCGCAUUUGCGCCCAAAUGGUUCUCUACGCCUAUGCUUGGAUCACGCUUGAUGGGGCUGUCGGUACCAACAUCUUCGCUGGAAUGAUAAUGGCCGAAAUGUCAUUUUACAACCUGUCUGCUCUUCAGCCCCGCCUGUUGUUUAGAGCCCUUCCCUAUGGACUCGUCACACUAGGCUUAUACAUCUGCUCCUAUCCCGAUGAGUACUCAAACCAAACGGAAUGGUCUUCUCAGCUCGCAUCCCUAGCCCAGACCAUCUUUCCGAAAGAUGCCAAUGUUAGCAGAUACUAUGCCAGUCUAGGAGCACAGAUGAUCUGCCUCGGCGUGAUGCUGUCGCCCUUCUUACGACGGAUACUCUCCCACCCGAGUCUUUUAUGGCUUGGAUCAAUCAGUUUCCCGCUCUAUCUGAUACACGGGCCUCUCAUGCGCUCUGUGUUGGUCUAUCUUGUCUACUUGCCCAUGUCAAUCGGCUUCAAGCCAAGUUUGCUAUCAGAUGGUACCGUUAAUCCGGAGUCCUAUAUUCCUACUCCGAGCCCAUUCCGACUGGCUGUGAUUCUGGUUAUAUUCUUUGUAUUCUUGCUCUAUGUUGUUCAACAGUGGACAAAAUAUGUUGAGCCGAAGAUGGCCGCAUUGACGAAUGCUUUCGAGAAAUUCUCCAGAUUGUGGGGGAAAAAUGGGACAUGGGCUUUCCGGGGAAAUGGUACCUUAUUGCCUGUCAAUUCUAACAAAGAAAUCAAGGCAUGA